AUGGCCCGGCCACAGAUCGGGCUCCGACGAGCGGUCUUAGCUGUCGCAUUGAUCGUCGCGAGCCCCUUGAAAUUCCCAUCGAUCACACUACCAACGGCGACGCCCCACAAAGAGCGCAUCGCGCACCUCCAGGAGCAGCGGCGCGCGAUCGACGCGGAGCUCGCGGCGCUCGAAGCCGAGGCGGGGCCGGCCCUCGAGGCCGAGGCGGGGCCGGCCCUCGAGGCGGAGCGCGUGCGGCCGCGGGACGCGAUUCGCGGCUUGUACAAGGCGUUCAACGACCGGGACGCGCCGCGGGUCGCGUCGCUGCUCGCGGAGGACGUCGUAUACGAAGACCUCCUGCUCGGCGCGUCGACGAUCUGCCGCGGCCGCGAGAGCUUCUCGCAGGCGCUGGCCUUCCACCCCGCGUUCCUGUCGGCGCAGCUCGGCCUGCCCAUGGGGCGCCUCGAGCUCGUCGUCGACGACGUCGCCUGCGACGGCGAGCGGAGCGUCGGCGUCGAGUGGCACGUCGAGCUCAACGGCGAGCCGUUCCCCCUGAGCCGCGGCCUCAGCCUGGCGACGAUCAACGCCGCGGGGGAGCUCGAGCGCGUCGUCGACAUCGCCGAGGCGCCCUGGCGCGUCGUCGGCCUCGUCGUGCGGCCGCUGCUCAGCAUCUUCGGCGUCGGCACCGCGGCCGUCGGCGCGGGCUCCGUCUUCUGGCUCGGCCAAUAA